AGUUAAUGUGGGAGGACCUUGUUAGGGUGGAUAAUUAUAUAAUUUGCUUAAAAAUAGUUUGAGUUCUAUGAGGUGUGUCAUUCAAAAACUGACAGUAGUAAGAGCAAGGAUUAACUCCCAAAAGAUCACGGAAAAAACACCAAACACCUAGGUCCUUGUAAAAAUAAUACCUGCCUGAAGUGCCACCUUGACCUCAAGGAUGGGUUGGUCAAAAGCCACCAAACCACCAUCAGGGAUCUCCUACUUUUUCGUUCUAGUUUUUGUAAUUGUACCUGUAUUAUCUCAGAUUCCCCCAGGACCACCAAUCAUCGACGGACCUCAAGUUAUAAUUCUAAAUAGCAAUCCUACAUUAACAUGUACCUCUGCUCGUGGUGAUCCACCGCCAACAGUGAAAUGGUUAAAAGAUGACCAAGAAAUAACAACUGGUAUUUCUACAACAACAGUUGGUACAGCAGUGACAACAUCUUUAACAUUUAUUGCUACCAAAGAUGAUCAUUUUGAGGUUUUCGAGUGUCAGGCAGAAAAUGGUGUACUUCAAAAUCCUCUCAGUACUACUAAAUUUAUUGAAGUUCACUUUCCACCAGAUGCACCAACUUUGACUGGACCAACGACUUUGACCCCAGGACAACAAGGCACAUGGACAUGUAUUUCAGCAAAUGGUUUCCCAGCUGGAGCAAUGACCAUGAGAAAUCAAAAUAAAAACACUCAGUUUUCUGCUUCUCAGUUCACAACUAGCACAGUAUUAGAUGUUAAAUCAUAUGAUGUAACUGGUGUCUUAACCUGGAGUCCAGUAGUUGUUAACAAUGGAGACACCAUUUGUUGUGAUGUAACACAUACAACCACAUCUUCUACUCCACAGACAGUCUGCAGACAAAUUACAGUUGCUAAUCCUAUUGCAAUUAAUGCUCCUGUGACCCAGUACACUCCAACUCUACAGACCACAGUUACUCUCCUGUGUGAUGUUACUCAAGGAACUGCAUCUCAAAUUGUAUGGCUUAAAGAUAACGUUCAAUUGAAUAUAAACAAUAAUAACCGACUUACUGGUGGCACUGUGGCUACAGAAUCCCUGACAAUUACCAACGUACAACAAUCUGACGGGGGAAACUAUGUCUGUCGGGGGACUGAUGCUGUCACAGGAAACAUUGUUAAUACAGAUACCAUAAAUGUUAACCCUGUUGGAACUCCACCUGUUACAAGUAUUCCACAGCCAUCAUACACUCAAAUUACCGGACAACAAAUUAUUCUGGGAUGUACAGUCCAAUCGUCAAAUAGUCCUCUACAGGAAGUUCAGUGGACCUUCACUAAUAAUCAAGGACAAACAACAGACCCUAUCUCUGUGUCAACCUCAAACGGAAAGUAUUCAGGCUCCUCAAUUAAUAGUCCAUCUUUGACCAUCAACAGUGUGGCAUCAACUGACCAGGGAACAUACAGUUGUAAGGCCAGAAAUCUGGUCGGGACCAGUACAAAUAAUCCUACAACAACUCUAACUGUAACAGGAAGUAUACCUGUAGUCCAGAUUAAUCCUACUACCUACACAUCAACUUAUGGAAGUCAAGUGGAAAUUACUUGUAACAUAGUAUCUGCAAGUCCUGCAGCAACUCAAGUUUACUGGCAGAGAAGUUCCAAUAAUCAGAUUCUACGAAUUGACAAUGGAGACCAGGGGUAUCAAGGCAGUACAACAUCUACCCCUUCAUUAACCAUUAAUUUUGCCACAACAUCCGAUGCUGGAGUAUACACAUGUUUUGCUACAAAUGCUGUAGGCACUGGCAGCAGUAAUCUAGGAACAGUCACAAUUACUGGAGGACUUCUGUCUGUUUUUGUCACUCCACAAAAUCAAAAUGUUGUCCAAGGUGCUCAGCAGAGAAUAACCUGCACUGUGAGUGGAACUCCUGCUGCACAAAACAUUGCCUGGCUGUUUACAGCAGCUGGUAGCUCUCAACAAACUCAACUCAAUACAGGAAACAGUCAGAAAUAUUUACUGGGUACAACUCAGGAUCCCUUUUUGACUGUACUUAACUUCCAACCAAGUGAUGCUGGUACUUAUGUAUGUAGAGCAACAAAUGCUGCCGGAUCCUCAUCUAGCAACCCUGGGGCAACUUUAACCUAUAUCACCGUACCUACUACAAACGUUGAACCAAGACAAUUUACAGCAACAGUAGGAGAUGCUAGUUUCCAGAUUCAGUGUCAGGUCACUGCAACACCCGGAGCAACUUCUUGGUACUGGACAUUCCAACCUGUAGGUGGCAGUCAACAGACCAUAGCACAAGGAACCAAUGACAAUCAGUAUACCAUUGAUAAUUCUGGCACAAACCCUCACUUGACCAUUAAGAGUAUUGCUUUGAAUGAAGCUGGAAUCUACACUUGCUACGCAACUAAUGCUGCUGGUACCAGUGACAGUUCCAACAAUCCUAGUUCUAGACACACUUUGACAGUCACAGGAGCAAUUUUAACUGUGACUAUUUCUCCUGCUACUGCUAAUGUUAUCAGAGGAAACACACAAACAAUAGACUGUAAUCCUCAAGGAAACCCAGCAGCUACACAAAUCACCUGGUAUUUUACACCAUCGGGUAGUAACAGUCAGCAGUUGCUAAAUAUAAUCAACAGUGGUGGGAAAUACAACGGUGGAACCCCAGGAAACCCUGAUCUUACCAUUACAGACUUCCAGACAAACAAUGCUGGUUCUUAUCGCUGUGCAGCAACCAAUGCUGCUGGUACUGGAACGAGUAGUAAUUCAGUAUUGACAUAUGUUGAUCCACUAUCAAUUUCGGUGACGCCUGCUGAUGGCACUGCUAUAUAUGGAGAUGCCUCUUACACCAUUCAGUGUACUAUAACUGGUACCACACCUACAUCAUGGUCUUGGUCAAGAAGACCAGUAGCUGGGGGUGUAGUAUCACCAAUAUCGGCUGGCGGCAAAUACCUUGUUGCUAACUCGGCAAAUGCUCCACAUCUAACAAUCAAUAACAUUGUGGAGGAUGAUGAGCAAGACUACUUCUGUCAAGCAACAAAUGCAGCCGGAACAGUAACCAGCUCACGUGCAAGGCUGAUCGUCAAUGGAGGUCUAUUAAGUGUAACUAUUUCACCAGCUAACGCUGAUGUCCUUCAGGGACAAUCACAGUUGAUCUCCUGUACUGUAACUGGAACACCAUCUGCCACAUCCAUUUCAUGGCGUUUCACACCAAGUGGAUCUAAUCAACAACAAACAUUAAGCUUGGGCAACACUGCUAAAUAUUCUGGUGGAAAUACCCAGAAUCCUUCAUUAACAGUACUGAACUUCCAGUCAUCUGAUGGUGGUUCUUAUGUAUGUUCUGCUACAAAUGCUGUUGGAACCACUUCUAGUACAACUUCUGUACUAAGAUAUAUCCAACAACUAACAAUAUCUGUGAGUCCCUCAGAUGGAACUGCUAUUUAUGGAGAUUCGUCUUACACCAUACAGUGUUCUAUAACAGGAACACCACAGGCCACAUCAUGGUCUUGGGUAAGGAUGCCCAUCAAUGGAGGUGGAGAAACACCAAUAUCUGCUGGAACCAAAUACUCCAUAGUUAAUUCUGCCACUGCGCCACAUUUAACUAUUAAUAAUGUUGUUGAGGCCGAUGAACAGGAUUAUUACUGUCGAGCCACAAACGUAGCAGGAACACAAACCAGUACACGUGCAAGACUUAUUGUCAAUGGAGGUCUUUUAAGUGUUGCUAUUUCACCAGCCAAUGCUGAUGUACUCCAGGGACAAUCUCAGUUAAUUACAUGUACUGUUAGUGGAAAUCCAGCUGCCACGUCCAUUUCAUGGCGUUUCACACCAAGUGGAUCUAACCAACAACAAACAUUAAGCUUGGGCAAUACUGCCAAAUAUUCUGGUGGCAAUACCCAGAAUCCUUCAUUAACAGUACUUAAUUUCCAGUCAUCUGAUGGUGGUUCUUAUGUAUGUUCUGCUACAAAUGCUGUUGGAACCACUUCUAGUACAACUUCUGUACUAAGAUAUAUCCAGCAACUAACAAUAUCUGUCAGCCCUUCAGAUGGUUCUGCAGUGUAUGGAUCAGCAUCUUACACCAUACAGUGUUCCAUAACAGGGACACCUCAGGCUACGUCUUGGACUUGGCAAAGGAGACCACAGGCUGGUGGAUCAUUGACAACAAUAUCUUCAGGGAGCAAAUACUCCAUUGUUAACUCUGCCACGGCUCCACAUCUAACUAUAAAUAACAUUGUGGAGAGCGAUGAACAGGAUUAUUUCUGUGGUGCCACAAAUGUUGCAGGAUCACAAACCAGUUCUCGUGCUAGACUCACUGUCACAGGAGAUCUUCUUAGUGUAACUAUUUCACCAGCCAAUGCUGAUGUUCUCCAGGGACAAUCUCAGUUAAUUACAUGUAUUGUUAGUGGAAAUCCAGCGGCCACGUCCAUUUCAUGGCGUUUCACACCAAGUGGAUCUAACCAACAACAAACAUUAAGCUUGGGCAAUACUGCCAAAUAUUCUGGUGGCAAUACCCAGAAUCCUUCAUUAACAGUACUGAACUUCCAGUCAUCUGAUGGUGGUUCUUAUGUAUGUUCUGCUACAAAUGCUGUUGGAACACAAUCUAGUACAACUUCUGUUCUAAGAUAUGUCCAGCAACUUACAGUAUCUGUGAGUCCUUCAGAUGGAACUGCUAUUUAUGGAGAUUCCUCUUACACCAUACAGUGUUCUAUAACAGGAACACCACAGGCCACAUCAUGGUCUUGGGUAAGGAUGCCCAUCUCUGGUGGUGGAGAAACACCAAUAUCAGCUGGAAGCAAAUACUCCAUUGUUAACUCUGCCACAGCCCCACAUUUAACUAUCAACAAUAUUGUUGAGGGUGAUGAACAGGAUUAUUAUUGUCGAGCCACAAACGUAGCCGGAACACAAACCAGUACACGUUCAAGGCUUAUCGUCAAUGGAGGUUUACUAAGUGUUGCUAUUUCACCAGCUAAUGCUGAUGUACUCCAGGGACAAUCUCAGUUAAUUACAUGUACUGUUAGUGGAAAUCCAGCUGCAACUUCUAUAACAUGGUUUUUUACACCAAGUGGAUCUAAUCAGCAACAAACAUUAAGCUUGGGCAAUACUGCCAAAUAUUCUGGUGGAAAUACCCAGAAUCCUUCAUUAACAGUACUGAACUUCCAGUCAUCUGAUGGUGGUUCUUAUGUAUGUUCUGCUACAAAUGCUGUUGGAUCACAAUCUAGUACAACUUCUGUUCUUAGAUUCAUUCAGCAACUGACAAUAUCCGUGAGCCCUGCAGAUGGUACUGCAGUAUAUGGAACAGCAUCUUACACCAUACAGUGUUCCAUAACAGGGACACCUCAGGCUACGUCUUGGACUUGGCAAAGGAGACCACAGGCUGGUGGAUCAUUGACAACAAUAUCUUCUGGAAACAAAUACUCCAUUGUUAAUUCUGCCACAGCUCCACAUUUAACUAUCAAUAAUAUUGUGGAGGACGAUGAGCAAGAUUAUUUCUGUGGUGCCACAAACGUAGCGGGAUCACAAACCAGUUCACGUGCUAGACUCACUGUCACUGGUGAUCUUCUUAGUGUAUCUAUUUCACCAGCCAAUGCUGAUGUUCUCCAGGGACAAUCUCAGUUAAUUACAUGUAUUGUUAGUGGAAAUCCAGCUGCAACUUCCAUUUCAUGGCGUUUCACACCAAGUGGAUCUAACCAACAACAAACAUUAAGCUUAGGCAAUACUGCUAAAUAUUCUGGUGGCAAUACCCAGAAUCCUUCAUUAACAGUACUGAACUUCCAGUCAUCUGAUGGUGGUUCUUAUGUAUGUUCUGCUACAAAUGCUGUUGGAACACGUUCUAGCACAACUAGUGUUCUUAGAUAUAUUCAGCAAUUAUCAGUAACCGUGAGUCCCUCUGAUGGAACUGCUGUUUACGGAGAUUCUUCUUACACCAUACAGUGUUCCAUUACUGGCACACCUCAGGCUACAUCAUGGUCUUGGACAAGAAGACCAACUGCUGGUGGUUCAGAAACACCAAUAUCUUCUGGAACCAAAUACACCAUUGUUAAUUCUGCCACCUCUCCACAUUUAACUAUCAACAGUAUUGUUGAAGCUGAUGAGCAGGAUUAUUUCUGUGCAGCCACAAAUGUGGCAGGAACACAAACCAGUACACGUGCUAGACUUACUGUCACUGGUGAAUUGUUGACCGUUUCCAUUUCUCCAGCCAAUGCUGAGGUCAUCAGAGGAAACAGCCAAAUAAUAACAUGCACUGUAAGUGGAAAUCCAUCGGUCACCAACGUAGCAUGGACUAAAGAUGGUCAAUCUGUUAACGUGGCUGGAAACCCAACAAAAUAUUCUGGAGGUACACCAGGGAACCCAUCUCUAACUGUUACCAAUUUCGAGACAACUGAUGCUGGUUCCUAUGUCUGUAUAGCUACCAAUGCUGUGGGGAGCCAGUCUAGUUCGACGUCUGUGUUGACCUAUAUCGAAUACUUGUCACUUACUGUCAGUCCAUCAUCUGGCAGUGCUGUUCUUGGAGCCCAAACGUAUGUGAUAGCAUGUCAGAUUACUGGUAACCCAACAGCCACUAACUGGUAUUGGACCAAGACCCCAACAAGUGGCGGACAAUCAGAGAACAUCAACAGAAACACCAACAAUAACAAAUAUACAGUUCAGGAAAACGCACAGAACCCACAAUUGACAAUAAAGAAUAUUCAGCAGUCUGAUGAUGCUAAUUAUGUGUGUAAUGCACAAAAUACUGCAGGGUUACGAACAAGUUCAGCUUCAAGACUUAUUGUUACUGGACAAUUAGCCAGUAUUACAGCAAGUCCAUCGACACAGUUUGCCAAUUAUGGUGCUAAUUCAGUAACAAUCCAGUGUAGUGUGUCUGCAUCACCCUCUGCCACAGCUGUUGGAUGGAGAAAAGUAUCAUUAAAUGGUCAGACAUCUACAGAAAUAGAUGUACAAAACAGCAAUAAUAAAUAUUCUAUUGUCAAUUCAUUGACCGCACCACAUUUGACCAUCAGCAAUGUCGACUUCAAUGACGAUUCUAAUUAUGUAUGUUUUGCUACCAAUGCUGUGGGUACAGGGACCAGUAAUAACGCUAGAGUGGAUGUUAUUGGCAGUGCACCACAAGUCUCAAUACCACAGAGUGCCUACAGUGUUAUAUAUGGAAGUGAUAUAACAAUCCCGUGUACCAUUGUUAAUGCUAACCCAGCUCAUUUCCGAGUCACAUGGUAUUAUACCGGCAGUAACAACCAGCAGACUACUAUCAAUACUGGAGAUCCUUCCCAGUACAGUGGUGGUGUCUUAGGUAACCCAGGUCUCACCAUUCUCAAUGCUAACAACCAAGAUGCUGGGUUUUAUAAAUGUGAAGCCGAGAAUCAAGUCAACAGUGGUCAGAGUAGUAAUACACAGUUGAAUGUCAUCGGAGGUGCCUUGACUGUUACCAUUCCAUCAUCAACCUACUCAGUUUUACUGGGGAACCAGAUCAGCAUCACUUGUACUGUGUCAGGGUCACCUUCAGCCACAAAUAUUUACUGGAUGAAACAAUCAACUAAUGGCGGGUUCUCCAACGUGGACAUAGCCGGAACCAACAGAUACAGUGGUGGUACUUUAAGCAGUCCAACAUUGGUGAUCACGUCUGCUCAGUUCAGUGAUGAAGGAAACUACAGGUGUCAUGGCGUCAACGCUGCAGGAGAUGCCAACAGCAUCGUGACAAAUCUUGAUGUCACAGGCAAUGUACCAACUGUUACCCUGACGACAACUCUGUUCCCAGUACUAGUAGGAAAUGACAUUACGAUUGGUUGUAAUGUCAUAUCCAAUCCAGGUGCAACUAAUGUAUACUGGAUGUUUGAGAACAGUGGUAGUCAAACUGUUACCAUAAGCGCCAACUCAAACACUGCUAAAUAUGGUGGAUCAACAACAACUUCUCCAUCUCUUGUCAUAAAGAAUGUUGAUUUCAGUGACGCAGGAAAGUACACUUGUUACGCUACUAACAGUAUCGGAACAGGAAACAGUCAAGAAGGAACCCUACAAGUAUCUGGACAGCCACCAAAUGUUAUGGUUACUUUACCAAACUACAGUGUUGAUUUCGGUCAGCAAGUGACUCUUGGGUGUACAGUUACUGCAAAUCCAGCACAUACCAGUGUGUAUUGGACCAUAAAUAAGAAUGGUAUUGUCACAAACAUAAAUGUGGCCAAUAGUGGUGGAAAAUACAGCGGGUCUACCGUCGGCAGCCCAUCACUAACAAUAACCAAUUCUAACCUGGAUGAUCAAGCAAGUUAUAUCUGUAAUGCACAAAACAGUGUCGGACUAGGAUCCAGUUCUACUACAGUUUUAACAGUCUCUGGAAAUAUCCCAAUUGUCACCGUCACACAGAACCAAUACAAUGUUGACUAUGGAAAUACCGUAACUUUAGGCUGUACUGUCACAGCCAAUCCUACACACAGUGUUGUAUACUGGCAAAAAAUAAAAGGAGGAGUCACAUCAACAAUUGAUGCCAGCGCCAUUUCUAAUAAUGCUAGAUUAAGUGGCUCUACUGUCAACAGUCCUAGUCUUGUCAUCACCAAUGUUAAUUUAGAUGAUAUUGCAUCCUAUAUAUGUUUUGCACAGAAUAGUGUAGGCACUGGUCAGAGUCAGCAAACUAACCUGGCUGUUUCAGGAGCUUUACCAACUGUUGUUGUACUGUCCAAUAGCUACCCAGUAACUGUAGGAGGUACAGUCACCCUACAAUGUGUGGUCAACGCUAAUCCAGGCCAUACUAUAGUCCAGUGGAAGAGAAUUGUUAAUGGUCAAACUCAGGAUGUCACAGGUGUUGGUGCUCCUGGUAGUGGAAGCAGAUUAUCAGGUUCAGCAGUAACUUCUCCAAGCUUGACUGUCAGCCAGGCUAGCUUUGCUGAUGAAGGAUCAUACAUUUGUACAGCUACUAAUGCCAUUGGUCAGGGACAAAGUAGUCAAACAUUCUUAGAUGUCACUGGAAAUAUCCCAAAUGUACAAGUAACUCAGUCAGAAUUCCAGGGAGAUUUUGGACAGUCAGUAACACUAGGUUGCACAGUAACAGCCAACCCAUCAGAAACCAGAGUAUACUGGAAAGUAUUGGACAGUAAUGGAGCCUUACAAAAUAUUGAUACAGCUGUAUCCCGGUACAGUGGGUCUGUUGUUGGGUCACCGUCUCUGAUAAUUUCUGGACUCAAUAAAGCUGACCAAGCAUUUUAUCAAUGUUUUGCUGAUAAUGAUGUUGGUACCGGACAGAGCAGUCAGACUUUCCUCAGAGUCCUCGGAGAGGUCCCUGCUGUCACUACACCAGCCACACACCAGUUUACUCUGGGAACAACUGCUACACUCUCCUGUACAGUAAACGCUAACCCUGCAGCAACAUCAGUAUUCUGGUCCAAAUACAAUAAUCAGAAUCAGUUAGUGGCUAUUGAUAUGGGAACCAAUAACAACCAGAAAUAUCAAGGAUCUACUGUAGGAAACCCAUCAUUGAUCAUAUUGAACACAGUGUCAGGUGACGCAGGAAGAUAUGUAUGCUCAGCUUCCAAUGCUGUGGGAACUGGUAACUCUGGCACAUCAACAUUAGAUAUCACUGGAGCUCUUCCAAUUGUCAACAUACCACAAAGUACCUAUGCUAUUAGCAUUGGUAACCAGAUAACUUUAGGAUGUACAGUUUCUGCAACACCAAAAGAAACAGCUGUCUUUUGGACCAGACAAUAUCCCAAUGCUGGUGAAAUAACCGUAUCAAAGGUCAAUAAUGCCAAAUAUCAAGGCCAGACAGUCAGCUCACCAUCUUUGAUCAUCCUUAAUACUGACUUUAAUGAUAUAGCUACUUACCGGUGCUACGCUACAAAUACAGUUGGAACUGGUUCCAGUAACCCAACCAGUCUCACAGUAUCAGGAAAUGUGCCAAAUGUUGUGAUACCACUAAGUCAGUAUUCUGUAAACUUUGGUAGUUCAGCAACUAUACCAUGUACCGUCACAGCCAAUCCAACUCAUACAAGCGUUCAGUGGAAAAUAAUCUUAAACGGACAGGAACAAAAUGUUGAUAUGCAAAAUAAUAAAUACUCUGGUGGAACUGUGAAUUCACCAUCUCUGGUGGUUGCUAAUGCUGAUCGGGGAGAUGAAACAUUUUACAUUUGUACUGCAUCCAACAGUGUUGGAGCAGGAAGGAGUAUACAGACCUUUUUGAGGGUUGCUGGAGAUAGACCACAGGUGGCAAUUGGAUCCAGUACUUACCAAGUACAGAAGUACGGCACAGUAGAAUUAGUGUGCACCAUUACAGCCAAUCCUGCCGCCAACACCGUACAAUGGUACAGAUACGAUGGUGGAGUUCAAACAAGCUUACGUAACGUAGCCGGAAAAUACAACACCCCCACCGUCAACAGUCCAAAUCUUCAAAUAAUCAACGCUGACCUAAGCGAUAGAGGAUAUUACAUCUGUACCGCAGCAAAUAUUGUUGGCACUGGAACCUCAUCUUCUACAUUUGUUGAUGUUACUGGCAAUGAGCCAAUUGUUACAAUUCCUCUGCCUAACUACAACGGUCAGUUUGGAGGAAAUGUUGAGUUGACCUGCAAUGUAGUAGCCAAUCCUAGUGCAACAGUGGUAUACUGGACAAAGACAGUAGGUGGUCAAGCAACAACAAUCGGUCAAUCUUCUGGAAAAUACAGCUUCUCAGUGACCAGUCCAUCUCUUAUGAUCUCCAAUCUAGAUGCCAGUGAUAAAGCCAGCUAUACAUGUUAUGCCACUAAUAGCAUUGGCAGUGGUAACAGUCAGCCAACAACUCUAGAUGUACUUGGAAGUAUUCCACAAGUUACCGUUCCUGCCACAGUUAGUGUCAACAUUGGAAGUACAGCUACUUUAACUUGUUCCAUUCAGGCAAAUCCUACCCAUACCUCUGUUAGCUGGCAGAGAAUCGAUGGCAACAACCAAGCUACAACCAUCACUAUUGACAACAAUAAAUACUCUGGUGCUACAGUAAAUAACCCAACACUGACCAUCACUAAUGUCCAGAUGAGUGACCGUGUGAACUUUGUUUGCUUUGCCACCAACAGUGUUGGAACAGGCCAGAGUGGUUCACUUUUCUUGAAUGUCCAAGGCAAUCCACCAGUGGUCAGCAUUGCUUCAAAUACUUACCAAGCUCCAUGGGGUAAUUCUGUGACCCUUGUCUGUACUGUCUCUGCCAAUCCAACACAUACUAGUGUCAGCUGGAAAAAGAUCCAGAAUGGUGUUGUGACUAACAUUGUACCAGCAAAUAAUCCAUCCAAGUAUGAAGGUAGUACCGUAUCUUCUCCAUCACUGACAAUCAAGAAUGCAGAUAGAAACUCAGACCAAGCUUUCUAUGAAUGUCAUGCUACAAACACCAUUGGAACAGGAGCCAGUUCAAGAACUUUCCUGACUGUUACUGGAGAUAUACCAGUCGUUCAGAUACCAGACAAUUAUCAAGUAGAAAUCGGCCAGAGUGUUGUAGUCGUAUGUACAGUCACUUCUAAUCCUGCCCAUACAACCGUCCAAUGGAAAAGAGUUAGUAAUAACCAGGAAACAAACCUUGACACUAGUGACACCUCACAGUACCAGAACGGUAACUUACAGAAUCCAUCUCUUACCAUACUGAACGCUGCCACUGAUGAUGAAGGCUACUACAGAUGUACUGCUACAAAUUCUGUGGGGACUGGUACCAGUGCUCUUAGUUAUGUUGAUGUAACAGGAAAUAUCCUGCAAGUAACUGUCCCACAAAACAUCUACAAUGUCAACUAUGGACAAAGUGUACAACUUGUCUGUACUGUCACUGGUUCUCCAGCUGUUACCGAUGUUUACUGGGUCAAGGUCAGAAACAGUGCAUCAACAACUAUCAGAGCCACAACAAUGGAUAAUUCCAAAUACUCUGGUGUUUCCCUCAACAAUCCAUCAUUGACCAUUCUGAACGCCAAUCAAGAUGACAUCGCCGUGUACAAAUGUUACGGGAGGAAUGUCGUAGGACUUGGAGAAAGUCAACAGACACAACUCAAUGUCAUUGGAAGUAAACCAGCAGUUAAUGUUGAUUCAAGUGUUUCUGUGACAUUAGGAAAUUCUGUCACACUUCAGUGCACAGUCAUUGCAACACCGUCUGCUACCAUGGUUCGCUGGAACAAAGUGAGCCAGAGCGGUGCCUCAACACCUGUAGAUGUAACAAACAAUCCAACAAAGUAUGCUGGUGGUAGUCUUAGUGUUCCAUCAUUGACCAUUUAUAACGCCCAGAAUACAGACCAGUCUAUGUACACUUGUCAAGCUACAAAUGCUGUCGGCACUACAGUCAGUUCACAGGUCAACUUAGAUGUUGUUGGAACCAUACCUCAGGUCACCAUUGGUCAGAGCCAGUACAGUGUUACCAUUGGUCAAACAAUCACCUUGAUCUGUGCUGUCACAGCUAAUCCCGCCCACACAAUCGUGUACUGGAGAAGGAAUGUGAAUGGUGUAUUUACCGACCUCCAAUCAAGCAAUAGAUACACAGGAUCUUCAGUAUCUAACCCGUCUCUAACAAUCACUAACACUGUAGCCGGAGAUAUUGGAGACUAUAAGUGUUAUGCCACAAAUAGUGUCGGUACUGGGGAGAGUGCACAAACUUUAUUAAAUGUGGUCGGCAGUGCUCCUGUGGUCAAUGUUGCAUCAAAUGCUUACUCGGUCAACAUCGGCAACUCAAUAACAUUACAAUGUAAUGUCCAAGCAAAUCCUUUCCAUACAUCAGUAAAAUGGCAGAGAGUUGAUGUCAAUGGUAAUGCUGUAGAUAUCGAUAUGACCAACAGUCGAUACACAGGUAGUGUAGUAAACUCCCCAUCACUGGUCAUCAGUCAGACCAUGAAAUCUGAUGAAGGACGAUAUGUUUGUUUGGCCACAAAUGCUGUCGGAACUGGACAAAGUCAACAGACAUACUUGACAGUCGUAGGAAGUACACCAACCGUAACUGUAGACCAGUCACAAUACUCAGCCAACAAAGGCUCUGACAUCACACUACAGUGUUCAUACACCGCCAAUCCUGCCGCAACUAUGGUCAGAUGGGAGAGAGCUAACGGAAACUCUGUCGUAGAGAUCGGAGAUACCACCAAUAAUAAUAAAUAUGGUGGCUCUACAGUCAGUUCACCAUCACUUAUUAUUUACAAUGCUGAAGAGAGCGACGAGGGAAAUUACAAAUGUAAAGUCACAAACAGUGUCGGUACAGGAAUUAGUACUACUACUAAUCUCGAUGUCGUUGGAAAUAUACCAAUUGUCACUGUACCAACCUCUGCAUACACCGUCAAUGUUGAUGGCUCAAUCACUCUAGCUUGUCAAGUUACUGCUGACCCAACCCACACUCAGGUAUAUUGGCAGAAGGUCACAGGAGGCAAUACACAAACGAUAACUAUAAAUGGAGGAAAAUAUACAGGAUCUUCAGUUGCUGUUCCUGGUCUUACCAUUUCUAAUGCUCAGUUUGCUGAUGCCGGUACAUACUACUGUUAUGCCAGAAACAGCGUAGGAACGGGAUCUAGUACACAGGUUGUCUUGGCUGUCUCCGGCAACACUCCAAGUGUCAGUCUGACCCAGAAUGCCAUGACCGUCAACUACGGAAAUAACGUUACUAUUGGAUGUGUUGUCUCAGCUAAUCCAUCUCACACGUCUGUAUACUGGCAGAAGAUUUCAGGAGGACAAACAGUUACUAUUGACAUGUCAAACACCAACAAAUAUGGUGGAGGAUCCGUGGCAUCACCAUCACUCUAUAUUAUCAGAGCUGAUACAAGUGAUGCUGCUAACUAUGUCUGUUUUGCUGCCAACUCUGUUGGAACUGGUCAGAGUAAUCAAGGAACUCUUACAGUUGCAGGAAGUGUACCCGUCGUUACUAUUCCUCAGACUCAAUACACAAUCAAUGUAGGCACUGACAUGACUAUCCCAUGUAACAUCCAAUCCAAUCCACAACACACUCAAGUAUACUGGACCAAGAAAGUGGGAAAUAGUGCUGCACAGACAAUCCCACAGGGAACCAGUGAUUAUGGUGGUGGUAAUGUAAAUUCCCCAUCGCUCAUCAUCUACAAUAUAGAGGAAGCAGAUGAAGCACAGUACAAUUGUUUCGCUGUUAAUAUCGUUGGAACUGGAUCAGCUGCAUCACCUACAUUCUUGAACGUUAUUGGAAAUCCACCAGUAGUGACUGCUAGUAUUCCUAACUCCGUAAGACUAGGUGACCCUGUAACUAUUACCUGUGUUGUAAUAGCCAAUCCUGGCGCCACACAGAUCAGAUGGAAGUUUAUCACCAAUAAUGCUGAGAGUGUUAUUGAUAUAAAUAACAAUAACAGAUACACUGGGGGCACAGUUCAAACACCAAGUCUGACCAUUAGUCCAGUUGAAGAAGUAGACCGUGGAAGUUAUAAAUGUGAGGCUACAAAUGCUGAAGGAACAGCUUCAAGCAGUCCAGUCUUUUUGAACACAGUUGGAGAUCCCCCAACCAAUCUUGCAAUCAACCCAAGUCCAAUCACUGUUGAGGAAGGGACGGUAAUCACUGCCACAUGUUCUGCCACAGGAAACCCAAAUCCUACCUUCGAAUGGAGAAAACUUGGAUCUGACAAUGUUAUUUCCAAUUCUCCUGUACUGACAAUAAACAAUGCACAGGAGAGUCACAAAGGCACAUAUAUUUGUAAAGCUAUUAAUACAAUGGGUUCUGGUGAGGUUCAGACCACUGUCACUGUACAUUAUAAACCCAAGGUGACAAUUACAACUACACCGGUUCAAGGAAAGAAGGGCCAGUCUGUUGAAAUUCCAUGUGAAUUCACAUCUAAUCCAUUCGCAACAAGUGUUACUUGGACCAAAAUAGUUGGGGGACAAUCCAGUCAACUUAAUCUGAACGGCAACAAAUAUCAAGGAGCUACUGUCACUCAUCCAAGUCUGACCAUUUUAGAUUUACAAGCCUCUGAUAUUGCCGAUUACAGAUGUUCAGUCCUAAAUACUGUUGGUGUUGGCCAUUCUAACAUUGGAAGGGUUGAUGUAGACUUGACCGUUGCACCUUUUGGUAUCAUGAUAACACCCAAUGGCAUUACUGUCCUGGAAGGAAAUGCCUUCUCCAUGUUCUGUAACGCUACAGCUAAUCCUUCUCCUCAAUAUGAAUGGUACCACAAGGAUACUAAAGUAGGAGAUGGACAGACAUACACUGUACAAAACUCAGUAUGGACUCCUCAUGAUGGACUGUAUACCUGUAAGGCUUACAACAGUGCGGGGGAACAGCAGGCAACAAUUGAUGUUGAUGUUAAAUAUAUACCUGUCAGUGCAGUUACCACCAAUUCAUACAGCCGAGUUUUGAAUUCUCCGAUUACUUUAUCAUGUGACACUCUUGCCAAUCCAUCUGCUAUUACUUGGCAGUGGAAAUAUAAUGCAUUCAUUUUGGAAGGACAGAAUGAGAAAUUAUACACUGUUGACAUGAAUAAUGAACAAGAUGCUGGACAGUACACAUGUAUUGCUUACAAUGAAGUUGGACACUCUGCAGACAUCCAUUUCAGUGUUACCAUUGAUUCAGGAGCUACUCCCGGCACUGGAGCAUCAGUAGCAUCAGCAGGUUUGACUGGAGGAGAAAUAGCAGCUAUAUGUCUAGGAAUCCUGUUCUUCAUCCUUCUGCUCAUUGUUCUAUGUGUUUGUUGUAUACUUCAAGGUUGUUGUGCAAUGUGCUUUGGCGCUGGAGCAGGUAAAGACAAAGAGAGACGUAUUACACCUGAUCAUGAGAAACUGGAUAUUCCACGAUUCUAUGAAGUACCUACUGUUGUCACUAGGGAGCCAUCAAUGAUUUCCAAGAGAGAUGUCUAUGUAGAUACAGUUCCAAUGGCCUAUGGUGCUGCUAGACCUCAGAAUGACUAUGAGAUUACUAAGUACCGAGUCGUAAGACCUGAAUAUGAUGUGGGAGAACGAUAUGUAACACAUUCUGCUGCAUCCCGUCCAUAUUAUCUACCAGCCAUUGAAUAUACUUAUGAUGAGGAGGAACGUAGACGUCGCCGCAGGAAGAAGAAGAAGAGCAGGCACCACCAGGACGAACUCCGUGGGGAUGAGCAGAUUGUGCUAGAGGAGAGAGUUGUAUCAAACGGAGGUGGAGAUAUCUAUCGUACUACCUCCUCUAGAACUGGUAAUGAUGUCGAGGUUAUUGCUGGUCCUGAGUACUACUUUGAAGCCGAGUAAUAAACUGUUGAUCAUUAAACUUUAACAAUUCAAUUGCUUUCACAUUAUAAUUUUCUUGCUGAAAAAAAAUAAUCAAGGUAAUCUUGCUCAAUUUAAGAAUUAGAAUCAACAUUUAUAGUUUAAAAUUAGGAUUUUUUUCUGAUGCAUAUUUUAUUUUCGUUUUUUCGUUAAAUAUUUUUUCAGGCAGGAAGUAGUAUUGUAGCAAUAUGCUGCAUUUGUAUGUCAAAUUUAUUGAAAUUUUUCUAUUUGUUAUUCUAAAGAUAUCUACCAUAGCAAUACAGCAUAUUUGUAUUUCAAAUUUUAUUGAAAUUUUUCUAUUUGUUAUUCUAAAGAUAUCUACCAUAGCAAUACGGCAUAUUUGUAUUUCAAAUUUUAUUUCCAAUUUAGUAUUUGUUAUUUUUAAGAACUGUUAUUUGAACGUGAUAUUUGCUGAAAGAAUCAAAACAUUCCACUGUUAAGAUUUAUUGUUGUUUUCUGAAAUGCAAGUUAGUGAUGUAAUUGUUUUUUAUCAUUUUGUUUAAAAAUUUUGUACAAUUUUAAAGAAUUCUCAUAGUGAAUGUUGCAUAAUAGUGCUCCAUGACAUUUUGUUAAGUAUGUAUCUAGGUUUUUAUUAAUUUCAUUUUAUACAGGGUAUAUGCACAAAGAAAUCCAUAGGAUGUAAUCUGUUCUAUGUUUUAAUAUUACAAGCUUUUGAUAUUUUAUUUUACAUCAAAAUAAUUCCACGUUAUACAUAUCCUCAAUUUUAUAUCAAAAUUUUGUACAUUGUUUUAUAUAGAUAUUUUUCUAGACCAAUAGAUUUUUUUAUUAUAUAUAUGUAUACAUCAUUUGUAACUAUGUCACCUUAUAAGAUCAAAUAAAAGAUAUAAAAUCCA